AAUGCCAGGCUGCGUUCACAAUCACAAAUCCACAAACUGCUAACGCCGCGAUAAAGGUUUUGUAACCCUUCUCGAAAGUAGUUAUUUUUCGCGGAAUUCCAAUUUACUGAUUCAGAUAUUUUUUUUGGUAUAUUCGUCAAGCUGGUGCAGAUAUUUAAGUCAGCGCGCGACUGAUUUGCUUCUGUUUACAAAAAGAGUUUCGGUGGGAAAUAAGAUUUUAACUAAUGAUGGCUUCUCGCGGGAAAUCAGAAACUGUGAAAUUGAGGCAAAAUAUGGAAGAGCAACUUGACAGACUGAUGCAGCAGCUUCAGGAUCUGGAGGAAUGCAGAGAAGAACUGGAUGAGGAAGAGUAUGAGGAGACAAAAAAGGAAACUUUGGAACAACUGAGUGAAUUCAACGAUUCGCUGAAGAAGAUCAUGACAGGAGACAUGACACUUGUGGAUGAGCUCAGUGGGAUGCAGCUGGCAACCCAGGCUGCCAUCAGCCAAGCUUUCAAAACCCCAGAGGUGAUCCGACUUUUUGCCAAGAAGCAACCAGGGCAGCUGAGAACCAGACUAGCAGAGAUGGACCGCGAUGUCAUGGUGGGGAAACUGUCACGGGAUGUGUACACGCAGCAGAAAAUGGAAAUCCUCACAGCCCUGAGAAAACUUGGAGAGAAGCUCACUUCAGAGGAUGAGACUUUUCUCACUGAAAACGCUACAGCUACUCUGAGCCAGUUUGAAAAAGUGACUGCAAACUUAGGCUCAGAAGACAAAAUUAUGGCUUUAGCUAGCUCCGGUGUGAAAACCAAGGCGUAGUAACUCUACAAAAUGUCAAUUUUAACUCUGUUUGUUAUUACCAAGGAAGAAAUGUGCCAAUCGAUCAUUGGUUUUAUAAAUGACCAGUGCACCUCUAGGCGUUGCUGUAGAUGCUAACACUUUUUAACAGUAUUGUUUUAUAACCCUCAACUUUUGUAAAUGUCUUUUACUUGUCCAGAUGCGUGUAAAAUUGUAUUAUAGGUACGAGCAUGUGAUUUGUUGAAUAUGAAGACGUGUACAUGAAUGUAUAAGAGUUCAAGAGGAAUACUCUGAUGUGAUUUGUGCUGUAUUUCUUAUUGGGUUGCAUCUGUCUUAAAUCCUGAAAAUUCAA